GCUGCCACCAGCCGUGCGGUGCGUCGUGGGAUCGCCUGGAGAAGCCGGUUCACCGUCUCCAGCGGCUGCUUGCCUCGCCAUGGACCCUGAGACCUGCCCCUGUACUACUGGAGGCCCCUGCACCUGCACGGGCUCCUCCUGCAAGUGUGACGGAUGCGAUUGCACCAAAUGCAAGAAGAGCUGCUGCUCUUGCUGCCCUGAAGAAUGUAAGAAGUGCAGCAGUGAUUGCGUGUGCAAAGGAGCAGAGGGAAGCAAGGAGGAAGCAGAGAAGUGCAGCUGCUGCCAGUGAGGAGGCCUCCCUUCCUCCCUCCCACCGUGUGCAGUGUGUAACUAGUGCUGAGUGGCUCAAUGCCACCUCAUGGUGGGCAUGUCUGUCCUCUUCCCCUGCUGCCCACUGACCUGUGACAAUAAAUCCCAUGAACAGCA